AUACGAAUACUGGAAGACAUCAAAGCACAAUAAUAUACGGCGGUGGUGGUGAUGUUGUUGGAAGGAGGGUGAGACUGAGAGAGUGACUAUUUAUAUGCAAUUUGCAAAGGUGAGAGGCGCACGUUAACCAUCCUUCCCUCAUUCGCUUGUCUCUCUUCUCUCUUUUUCUUUCUCUUUCUCUGUUUUUCCAGAAGAUGUUUCUCAAAGAAUGUAAUUAUAGCAUAUGGUAGGUUAGGAUGCUGGCAGAAGAAUGGCCCUAAGCCACUAAAAGGAGGAACAUGCUGUUUUUCUUUGUAUAAGUUUCACCUCAAAAGCUUUCGAAUGAAUAUUUGGUAGGAAGAUCUAGUUCACAGUUUAUGUUUAGAUCACCAUGUCAAGGCAAGCUCACCUUCCACCUCGUUGCCCAUUUCAAAAGAAACCUGUUUCUCGUCCAUUUCGUGACCCAAUCUCUCCCCUACAGCGUACAGAAUCAUACCCUAGUGACCAUAAAUCGUCCUUCCAAAGUUCGAUCCUAGAGGAUCAGCCAACAUGGUUGGAUGAUUUGUUAAGUAACCCUGGCACAAAUUCUGUGGGAAUUAUCCAUCGCCGAUCUUCCAGUGAUUCGUUCACUCUUUUGGAUGGUCUUGUAGACUCUUUUUCAGGUUUGAAUCCUGGUAAGGACGAUGAUAAUUCAGUUGGGGAUGAAACUUGUAGUGGGUUGGAGUCAGCUUGUGUUUAUGGUCCCAAUUCCCCUAGGAAAAAAGGCAAUUCAACCUUCUCAGAGAGUGCCAUAGUUUCAGCAUUAUCAGAAUGUGUUGUUGAGAACCCUUUGCAGUAUGUGGAUGAGAGUCUUUGCAUUUCUGGGAUUAAUCACUCUGAUUUUAAAGGAGAUGCUUGUACUUUGACUAGUGAGCUCAAUGCUGAAACAAAGAUGGCAAAAAGGCAUUCGGGGCAACGCUCUAGGGUUCGCAAACUCCAAUAUAUUGCUGAACUGGAAAGAACUGUUAGUGUUUUUCAGACUAUACAGUCAGAAUUGUCAGUCCGAGUAGCUUCACUACUUCAGCAACAUGUUUCUUUGUCAUUGGAAAACAGAACAUUAAAGCAGCAGGUGGCCAGAUUGCAGCAGGAAAAAAUGAUCAUGGAAGGUCAAUAUAAGUCACUCAAGAAAGAAGCCGAGAGAUUGAAAAUUGGUUUGGCCAAAUCAUCCCCUAGUAGCAAGGCCAAAGCUUUUUUUGGGUCUCAAUCUGCAGCUGAAGCAUCUAGACCAGAGGUUACUUGGCAGAUGUUAGAUAUGACUAAUCUUAAUCUGAAUUGAUACCGGAUGCAAUAAACCAUGCUUUUGGAUGCACUUUAACUAGAUAUAACUCUUAUUCUCAUUUGCAUUAUUUCUAAACAUGAAUCCUGCUAAUGCAGCACCAUCUUUAAACUGUGCUCCGGUUGCUGAAUUGUAAAUGUCUGGCUGCAUUUUACAUUCUAGCAACUAAUUCUAACUUAAGUUUUUUUUU